ACUUUCAGUUAUUUUAAGAACGACCGAGGUGGACUGCAUUUUAAAGAAACAAAAUAAUUUUUUAGAAUUGUAAAGGAAUAAUAACAAAUAUGGCUAUGAAAAGAAUUCAUAAGGAGUAUCAAGACAUAAAAAUAGAUCCACCUGCCCAGUGUUCAGCAGGCCCAGUCCAAGAUUCUGAUUUGUUUCAUUGGCAUGCAACAAUUAUGGGACCAGCUGAUACGCCAUAUGCUGGUGGAGUUUUUUUUCUUACAAUACAUUUUCCUACAGACUACCCAUUCAAACCACCUAAAGUUUCAUUUACAACAAAAAUAUACCAUCCAAAUAUAAAUUCAAAUGGUAGUAUUUGUCUUGAUAUACUAAGAUCACAAUGGAGUCCUGCAUUAACUGUUUCAAAAGUAUUGCUAUCAAUAUGUGCUCUAAUGGCAGAUCCAAACCCUGAAGAUCCUUUGGUUCCUGAUAUAGCAAGACUUUAUAAGACAGACAGAAAAAAAUACACUGAUAAUUGUAAAGAAUGGACUAGACGCUAUGCUAUGCAGUAGUACUUCUGAAUAAUACAUUGUUUUAUGGUGUCAUCUACUGUUGUUGGUAAAUUUAAGAUUUCGAAGCCUUGUUAUAGCUGAAAAAUAAUUUACAUGAAACAAUUAUAAUUCUUACCAAA